UUUAUUUAUUCGCAGCAAUAUAAAUUAAAAUAAAUAAAUAAAUUAACAUUAUUAAAAUGAAAAUUACAAGCGUCAAUUCUAGCAGACGAACUUCGACCAUUACAAACGCCGCCGUCUUAGAAUGUGAAGUUUGCUACAGAAAUAGAGAUGGAUACGAACAAUGUAUACAUAAAUUUCUUCGAAUUUCUUAAUGAUUAUAAAACCAGUAAUAAAAGGAAACGUUUAAAAAUAAAUAAUACCAUUGUGUUGCUAGAAAAUGGAUAUCUGAAAGCAAGAAAGUCUAUAAAAACAUUAAUAAAUGCUAUUAAAGAGGAGCUCACCAGUGAAUUGGAUGUCGCUUAUCAAACAAAACUUCAAAUACUGCUUGAUUUCCAGAAAGAAGUCGAAGAAUACGUUUAUUCAAACUUGUUAAAUGUCUUCAAUGAUUUCCAUUGUUUGCGCGAUAUCGUCAGGAUUAUAGAGAAUAGUUCCAACAAAGUUUGCAUUCUACCUUAUAUUUCUCUGGAUUUUAUACCAGAAGAUAUUUCGAUAGCCAAAUCGGCAAUCGGUUAUUUUAAAACGUGUGCAGUUUUGCCAGAGGAACUGACUCUUACCUUAUUCGAAUUGGAUGAUAAGUAUUGGUUAGAAGUGAGAAGUAGCAAGCCUUGGCACUCUCUUUUAAUAUAUUCUCUAACUACUUUCGCAGAAAAUUUUGCAGGUAGAAAGUUUUAUGGGAAUGUCAUUGAUAAAAAGAAUGGUUUUUAUUCAAUUACUUUUCAAAACAAUUUCGGUAUUGAUUUUAAAGUCUCUGUUUUGUUGUGUGCUCGUCAUGUAAGAAACAGUCCAUUGACAAUAAAAAAUCCUCUGCUUAGAAGUCCCAAAUAUGGAUCUUACUGUUUAGAUACGUCAGCAUCUAAAACAGUCGAAAUGCCGAAUAAGAAUGAAACUAUUCCUAAGCUUUUUAUCCAAGGCGGCAUUUGUAGCUCAUUCUGCACAGAAAAUGACGAGAAGAAAAGCUUUAAAGUUACUGGAAUGGGACGCGGUCUCGUAGCAAAGGAAGAAGUUCCGAAAAAAUUUCUAGCUACCAGAGGAAAAGUCUAUUCUUCCGGAGAGUGCACUGGAAAGGUAAAGGUUUCUCUAACUGAGGGGUUGAACGUCGGUUCUGUUAUAAAUGGUAAAGAUUGGUUUUCACCCGUAGAAAGGAUAAACAGUAACAGUGAUAUAAAAGCAGAGGGAUUAAUAAACAUGCCUACUGCUAAUAAACUUUCACCAUUUGUUCAGAAUAAAAGUAAUGGAACUGAUGGGACUGACUGGUAUAAAAGUAAUGAAACUGAGAGAUCUGAAUGGGACAAAAGUACAAGUGCUAACAGAAAGGAUAAAUCGAAGAUCAGUACUACUGCAGAUAAUGUGUUCUGGUCUUCACAAACAGUUGAGAAUUUAGAUGGCUCGACGAGAGAUAAUAGCCCUUAUGCUCGUAAAAGCUUGAAUAAUACUGAUGAUGAUGAUGAUGAAGAGAAUUUUGCUGCAGUCACUGCCAAACUCACACAUGUGAUUUCUUCGCAAUGCGGAGUGGAUCUUAAAUAUCCUGUCGGCGUCGUCGUGAGUGAUAAUAAAGACAUAGUUAUAUGCGACACGGGAAAUCAUAGAGUUUGGAUCCUCGACGAAACUGGAAAGAGAAAGGCACUAUUUAAUACCACAGAUCAAGAUUUAAAUUACGCAAUUGAACUUUCAGGUAAGAGACUAUGCAGGCCUUCGGCAGCCGUUAUGCUUCAAAAUGGAAUUUUAGUUAUCAAAGAUGAUAAUUCGCUUCACUUUUACGAUUCUAAUGGGACAUUUAUCAAAAGUACUGGCAAUGAAAUAUUAAACAAGUCUUUCGGAUUGGUGCUGACGGAAAAUGAAAAGUUGGUGACUUUAAGCGAGAGUAGGUCGCCGAAGUUGUUUGUGUUUAACAAAGACGCUCAGCUGGAACAUAUUUGCCUUUAUCAGCCAAUAUUGGACAGGCCAGAAAAUUCGAAAUGUCGUUUCAUGGCCACCUACAAUAACGAGUUGGUCGUAUCCGAUUUAGGAUUAAGCAAGAUGUACAAGACUAAUUUAUUGGGUGAACAAAUCCAUGUUUUUGGCUCUUAUGGCAAAACUCCCGGAAAUUUCAAUGAACCGUCGGGAAUCACAUUAGAUUCCAGUGAUACUAUGCUGAUAGGAGAUAGCAAGAAUGAUAGAAUUCAGAUCUUCAGUUGGAACGGAGAAUAUUUGGGCAGAGUGCUGUUUUCGGAUCCCAUUCGUAGGCCUUCGGAUAUUACAUUAACUUUCGACGGUUACCUGUACGUUCUUAAUUACCUAGACCAUUUUCUAGGUAUUUAUAAAUUAGAGAAUGACAAAUAAUAUGACUCCAUACAACACAAUAGUUUAAGUUAUAUAAAGUUCAUUCUCUUCAUUAUUUAAUGUUUAAAUAAUAAAUAAUGUUUGUUUAAUGUAAAAUAUAUUUAUAUUGUUCCUAUUCCUGUUUGUAAGAAAAUGGAUAAUUUAAUUUAUGUAAAUAACAUAUAUUUUAUAAUAAUUAAAUUAUUGUCAACAUUGUGUUUGAAAAAUUUCAGUUUGUGUUUAUUGUAUUUGACGUUUUUGGCUGUUUUAAGUGUGUAAUUGGUGUAACAAAACUAAAAAAAAACAAAUUAAAUACUUCGAUGUAAAAUUUUAUCUAAAUAUA